CCGGACCCUGCAUUCACUAUAUCUGCUCUCCCCGGACCCUGCAUUCACUAUAUCCGCUCUCCCCGGACCCUGCAUUCACUAUAUCCACUCUCCCCGGACCCUGCAUUCACUAUAUCCGCUCUCCCCAGACCCUGCAUUCACUAUAUCUGCUCUCCCCGGACCCUGCAUUCACUAUAUCUGCUCUCCCCGGACCCUGCAUUCACUAUAUCUGCUCUCCCCGGACCCUGCAUUCACUAUAUCUGCUCUCCCCGGACGCUGCAUUCACUAUAUCUGGUCUCCCUGGACCCUACAUUCACUAUAUCUGGUCUCCCAGGACCCUGCAUUCACUAUAUCUGGUCUCCCCGGACCUUGCAUUCACUAUAUCUGGUCUCUCCCCGGACCCUGCAUUCACUUAAUCUGGUCUCCCAC